AUGACGACAAGAGCUGCCGUGCCAUCGAUUACUGAAAAGACAGCGUCUACAGCCACCUCGAAUCGAUCAAGCAAGUUUCGUUGGCGAAUCGAUUCGGAAAAGAAUGUCGUCGUGUGGAGUUUUGAGCGUCGUGGCUGGACCAAGACUGAAGGCGACGACUGGAACAUUUAUUGGGCUAGCAAAUCCACGAUCAAAAACAUGUUCAGCCCCGAGACUGGAGUGCGCUUGAUGGAUAAUCAGUACGUCAAUCACUUUCCAAAUCACUACGAACUCACUCGCAAAGACUUAAUGGUCAAGAAUAUCAAACGCUACAAAAAAGAGAUGUUCGCUGCUGCUGCUACCGACAAUAGCAAAUUAACGGUGAAUCUUACCGAGACACUCGAUUUUCUCCCCACAACAUACACAUUGCCCGCAGAUUAUUCGCUAUUUGUUGAAGCGUUUCGACGCCAUCCGAAUGCUAUGUGGAUCAUGAAACCGUGCUCUCAGGCGCAAGGUAGAGGGAUUUUCAUCAUCAACAAGUUGUCACAGACGAAAAAGUGGGCAAAUCAGCCACGGACCAGUACGCCGGUCAAAGAGGGAUAUGUCGUUUCUCGCUACAUUGAGAAUCCAUUGCUGAUUGGUGGCAAAAAAUUUGACCUUCGUAUGUAUGUGCUCGUGCUAUCGUAUCGACCUAUGCAAGCGUUUGUAUAUCAAGAAGGAUUCGCUCGCUUUUGCAACGUUAAAUACUCUGCUGCUCCAGAUGAUAAGGACAAUCAAUUCAUGCAUCUUACAAAUGUUGCUGUGCAAAAAAAUAAUGAAGAUUACAACCAUAAUCAUGGUGGGAAGUGGAAAUUGAAGAAUCUGUGUCUCUAUGUGGAAGCUACACGUGGCCGAGGCUCAGGAGAAAAGCUUCUUCAAAAUAUCCACAGUAUUAUGGUACAUACUUUAAAAGCAGUACAGCACGUGAUUAUAAAUGAUCCACACUGCUUUGAAUGUUAUGGCUAUGACAUCAUAGUGGACGAAACCUUAAAACCGUGGCUGGUUGAAGUGAAUGCAUCUCCGUCACUUACUACCACAACACGAGAAGAUUGCAAUAUGAAAAGUAGACUACUUCGAGACGUACUCGAAUUGGCUGUAGCGAAAGAUGCCGAAUCGGCGCAACGCCGAGCCGGACUUUCUUCACCUACUUUGAGUCUAACUAACGGCUUCACAUGGCUCGUGAACGAGACGAUUCAGCAUCAAGCGGAUCGAUUGCGUGCCGAUACACUUCGCAAAAGCGCUAAAAAGGCAUCAAGUGUUCAAUGGAGGUAA